AUAUACAAUAUAUUGCCAAAACAGUAGAAACUCAUAUAGUUCUUAUUCUUUCCCUGUAGAGGCGCUACGUGUGAAAACUUCUUCAGCAAUGGCAACCGAAUCAUUGAAGAUCAUCCUCAAAAGCCAAGCCCUUCAAAAGUACAUUUUCGAAACAUGUGCUUACCCCAGAGAGCACGAGCAAUUGAAGGAACUCAGAGAGGCCUCAGUCAAGAAAUAUCCGUUUCUUAGUGUGAUGAAUGUGCCCGUAGAUGAAGGAAUACUCCUCUCCAUGCUCCUAAAAAUCAUGAAUGCGAAGAAGACAUUAGAGGUUGGAGUCUUUACCGGUUACUCUCUUCUUUGUACUGCUCUAGCACUACCAGCUGAUGGCAAGAUAAUAGCCGUUGAUCCAAACAGGGAAGCAUAUGAAGUUGGAUUGCCAUUUAUUCAGAAGGCUGGAGUGGAGCACAAGAUUAAUUUCAUCCAGUUGGACGCAUCCUCAGUUCUAAAUGAUUUAAUUGCCAAUGGCAAACAAGAAGGGAGCUUUGAUUUUGUAUUUGUGGAUGCUAACAAGGAAGACUACAUGAAAUAUCACGAGAUGCUUCUGAAACUGGUUAAGAUUGGUGGAAUAAUUGCAUACGAUAAUACCUUGUGGUUUGGGUCAGUGGCAGUCCCUGAGGAGGAUGAGACGGACGAAUGGAUAAGACAAGUUAGAAAAUAUAUUGUAGAGUUGAACAUCUUUCUAGCAACUGAUCCUCGUAUCGAAUCAUCCCUCAUUUCUAUUGGUGAUGGCCUCACCCUCUGCAGGCGCCUCUAUUAGAGAAAUUAGUCAACAAACUAUAGUGAUCGUGGAUGCUCGGUAUAAAAUAAGGCAGGUUUCUAUUUGUAUAACAAAAAAUAGACAUGGGUACGUGUCUAUAAAUUAAAUAAGUUCUUCACAAUCAAACAACAAUUUCAUUUUCAUAAAUAUAAUGUUGGUAUCAAUACAUUUGUUGUC